AAACGCAAACUGAUCAAUAUGCAGCAUUCAAUGUAUUAACUUCAGCAUGGAGACAUGUAGAUGAACAUAUUGAUGAUAAAAUAAAAACACCAUUAUCACUUUCUCCUACUGAUACUAUGCACUUAGUUGGAUUUCGUGCCAUGGCAAACAAUAUAAAUAAGUUGGCUUGUCUAACCUUACUUCGAGAACCAGAAGAUUCUGACCCUGUCAUUUCAACUGCUGUUGACUAUAUUAAUAGUGUUUGUUUCAUGUAUCUUGAUAAUGACUUAUUUGUGCAUAGUCUUUAUAAUGGAUCUAUUGGAAUUAUCAUCAAAUUAAUCAAUAAAGACACUAUCAAUAUCGUAUUUCCUGCACCACUAAGAAUGAUUACUGCAACU